AUGGAAAAGAACAAGAGAAGAAUCUUGGAAACAAUUCAAAGGCACAUUGGAUUCUUUGCUUGUAAUAAGAAGUGCAACCCUCAAGAUUUCAACAGCGUGGCCUCAGUUUUAACAUAGUUGUCCUUAGUUCUCAUGUCACUUUUGAUGCUGCCUGUUGUUGAAGCAGAAGAAGCCGGUGAUGUAAUCGAUCUCUUGUCAGGUGUGGUUCUCAGCAUUAUAGGCAUUUGUGCUUACUUGCAGGUAUUUGCACUAGAAAGAUAUGGACACAUGUGA